UGGCAGACGCCCUUAUCCAGAGCGACUUAGAAAAGUGCUUUGAAGUCUAUCAAAAAUACAUUCUGAUACUGGCUCACUAGGUCACAAACUAGGAAUACCAUCAGUCCAAAAACUCUGUUGGGGAGGUAAUAGACAAGCGCUCGGACGGAACAAUUUUUUUAAUUUUUUAAUUUAAUUUUUUUUUUGUAAGUGCUAACUUUGGUACUUUAGGAAGAGGUAAGUCUUUAGAUGUCGUUUGAAGACCGCCAGUGACUCAGCUGUUCGGACAUUUAGGGGAAAUUCGUUCCACCACCUUGGUGCCACAACAGAGAAGAGUCUCGAUGCAUGCCUUCCUUGUACCCUGAGAGAUGGCGUGAUCAGUUGAGCAGUGCUAGAGGAUCCGAGGGAGCGUGGUGCCGUGCGAGGUGUGAUAAGUGCUUUGAGAUAAGUGGGUGUUGGUCCGUUUUUGGCUUUGUAGGCAAGCGUCAGUGUUUUAAAUCUGAUGCAGGCAGCUACAGGAAGCCAGUGAAGGGAGCGUAGCAAUGGGGUGGUGUGGGAGAACUUAGGAAGGUUGAAAACCAAUAGUGCAGCUGCAUUCUGGAUCAGUUGCAGAGGACGAAUGGUGCUCAGAGGCAGACCUGCCAGGAGUGAGUUGCAGUAGUCCAGUCUUGAAAUAAAAAGGGACUGAACAAGCACCUGUGUGGAAAGAAAUGGAUGGCUUUGUUGCUCUAUACAAAAAUGCUACACAAAAGUGAACGUGAUGGCUAAUAUUAACCAAGCAGAUACCUGGCUAGCUUACCAUGACUAUAACCUGAUGGCUCUCAAGGAUGCGUGUGAUGAAGAAAUCGAAGCGAUGAUGGAAGAAAAAAUAUUUGGCAAGAAGGCUGGGAUUUGACACACUCUGGUUUGGGUACCUACAGACAACUGUAGGAGUGAUACAGCUCCUGGGGGGCCCUGUGUUUGGAAGGUUUGCAGAUGUUUUUGGAGCACGUGCUGCACUCUCCCUGUCCUGCUUAGCAUCAGUCAUUUAUUUUUUGCUGCUAGCAGCAGCAGACAGUGCUUUGUUACUUUUUCUGCACAAACUACCUGCUGUGUUCAUGCAUGCCUUGCCAGGAUCACAGAUGGUUGUCACAGACCUGUCUGAGAGCAGCAAGCGAGCAGAUGCCCUGGCAAAGCUUGGUCUCUGUUUUGGUAUUGGCAUGAUCACAGGGUCUUCAUUGGGAGGCACCCUGAGCACACGCUUUGGGGAGAAGUUUGCAGCAUAUGUGGCUUCUGGAGGAAGUGUCAUCAAUCUACUGCUGGUGCUGAAAUUCAUUCCUAAACACACAAAAAGACACAGCACAAACAACAACACUGGCUCUGUGUUUAAUUUGGGAGAGAUUGUGAGGCUGAUGAAGUUUCCAGGUGUUGCAAAGACUUUCACUGUGAAGAUAAUCUCAGGACUGCCAUCUGGUGUUUUUCAGGUCAUGUUCUCCAUCAUUGUCAUGAACUUUUUCCAGCUGCAGGCAGAGCAAAAUGGGUACCUCAUGGCAUACCUUGGCGUGGUGCAAAUGGUUAUUCAGGGUGCUGUUAUUGGCCGUCUCACCACAAGAUAUUCAGAGAACUCAUUACUACUGUUUUCAGUAGGCCUGAACAGCUUGGUGGGGCUUGCACAGGCCCUAACCACUACCAUGUUACAGUUCUGCUUUGUUGUUAUUCCAAUGAUGCUGUCACUCAGCAUCUUCAAUGUCAUCACAGACAGCAUGCUAACAAAGUGUGUCCCAGCAUCAGACACAGACUUUGAUGACGUCACUCUCUCCAAGAUCAUCACCACACAUUCCAACCAGAAGCCGUGGAUGACUGCAGAGGUGCGUGGGCUACUGAAGACCCGAGACUCCACCUUCAGAGCAGGCGACAAGGUGGCCCUAAGAACAGCGAGGUCCAAACUGUCCCGGGCCAUCAGAGAGGCAAAGCGCACACACGCACAGAGAAUCCACAACCGCUUCAAGACCAGUAGAGACACGCGGCGCAUGUGGCAGGGCAUCCAAGCCAUCACCAACUACAGGACAACAUCACCUGCCUAUUGUACUCUUGUACUCUUUGCACUAUUCUCACUGGAUUCACUUUCAGUAGAACUGUGUACUGGUCGGCGCUGCACUGGGACUGAUUAUGCCCUUUGUCUAUCUCAGUAGUCAUUGUACUGUCUUGUGCUGUCUGCACUUGUGCACUUUAUGUAUAAAUUUAUGUAGUCCCUUGUAGUUCUGUGUUGGUCUGUGUUUGUCUUAUGUAGCACCUUGGUCCUGGAGAAACGUUGUUUCGUUUCACUAUGUGCUAAC